AUGUCAACAGAAACCGAGGGAACAUUUGAAGUCGCAGACGCCAGCCUUUACACCAAAACAUGGACGCCUCAAGGUGACAUCCGAGCCAAGGUGGUUCACGUCCAUGGCUUCAGUGACCAUGUCAACUGGUAUGAUGACGUAUAUCGAAUUUUAGCCUCAAAUGGCAUCCAGGUCUUCGGCUUCGACCAGAGAGGUUGGGGACGAAGCGUCAAGCGACCCGCCGAUAAAGGAAACACGGGUUCAACGCAGCGAGUUAUUGCUGAUAUCGCCGCCUUCAUCGAGAGCAAGCUGCCAUCGGAUGUCCCGGUAUUUGUCCUAGGCCAUUCUAUGGGCGGCGGCGAGGUCGUUACACUUGCAGCCGACCCCAAGUACGUCAAACUCGUAAGCCAGGUGCGUGGCUGGAUCCUCGAAGCGCCAUUCAUUGGGUUCGCUCCUGAGGAAGUCCCAAGCUGGUUCAAGGUUGUCGCAGGAAGGCUCGUCUGCAAAAUUCUUCCAAGAUUCCAGCUCAAGCAUGUACUCGACGUCGCGAACUUGACGCGAAAGCCCGAGGUAGCCCAAGGCUUCAAAAAUGACCCUUUGUGCCAUGACACAGGCACAUUGGAGGGCUUGGCGUCGCUGCUCGAUCGCACAGCAGUUUUGCAGUCGGGUUCUGUGAAGCUAGGCAAGGAAGUAAGGUCGCUUUGGCUUGGCCAUGGUGACCACGACAAGGCUUGCAGCUAUCAAGCUGCCGUGGAUUUUGUGCAGAAGCAAGAUAUCGAGGAUAAAGUCGUCAAGACAUAUGUCGGAGGAUACCAUGCGCUGCAUGUAGACUUGUGCCAGGAGGAAUAUGCCAACGACAUUACUAAAUGGAUUUUGGAGAGGAGCCAAGAUGAGAAACCGAUCGAAGCAAAGCUGUAG